GACCGGAAGGAAGUGAGAACUCCAGAAGCCGAUCUGGACGUCAGUAAAGUCGCGUGGUAAGAGGCCCGCGGCGGUUUAAAGCUGCUUGCUGCUAGAACGUGUGGUUCGUGUGCCGAGGCCAGAGUGGCCGAAAUCCCGGUGUCGCUGCAGAACGUGAAGCCGAGGGAGAGCCAUGGUUGGGAGAUCCCGGCGGCGGGGAGCGUCCAAAUGGGCAGCUGUGCAAGCCAAGGCAAGUGGCACCACCGCGUAUGAAAAUGAAGAUUUAGGAUCGCCACCCUCACCUGGAGACUCUAGCUACUACCAGGAUCAGGUAGAUGAUUUUCAUGAGGCACGAUCUCUGGCAGCCCUGGCCAAGCGCUGGAGCGAGGUUGAGAGUGGGGAUGAGGAGGACAGUGAUGAGGAGGAGGAGGUGCUGGCCUUAGACACUGACGACGAAGAUCGAGAGAGUGAGGGGGAUGAGGAAAAUGAUGAUGAUGAUGGUGAUGGUAGUGGAAGCUCCGUGCAGAGUGAAAAUGAGGCUUCCGUGGAUCCCAGUUUGUCGUGGGGUCAGAGGAAAAAACUUUACUAUGACACAGACUAUGGUUCCAAAUCCCGGGGUCGGCAGAGUCAACAAGAAGUAGAGGAAGAGGAAAGAGAGGAGGAGGAGGAGGCAAAGGUAAUUCAGCGGCGUCUAGCCCAGGCCCUACAAGAGGAUGAUUUUGGAGUUGCCUGGGUGGAGGCCUUUGCAAAACCAGUGCCUGAGGUAGAUGAGGCUGAGACACGGGUCGUGAAAGAUUUGGCUAAACUUUCAGUGAAAGAGAAGCUGAAGAUGUUGCGAAAGGAAUCACCAGAGCUCUUGGAACUAAUAGAAGACCUGAAAGUCAAGUUGACAGAAAUGAAGGAUGAGCUGGAGCCAUUGUUACAGUUGGUGGAACAACGGAUUAUUCCAUCCGGAAAAGGAAGCAAAUAUCUGAGAAUCAAGUAUAACCUCUACCUGAACUAUUGUUCCAACAUCAGUUUUUAUUUGAUCCUAAAAGCUAGAAGAGCCCCUGCACAUGGACAUCCUGUCAUAGAAAGGCUUGUCACCUACAGAAAUCUAAUCAACAAACUGUCAGUUGUGGAUCAGAGGCUGUCCUCUGAAAUUCGUCAUCUACUCAAAGGUGAUGCUUUAAAGAAAGAACUGAAUGCAAAAGCAAAAUUCACCAAGGCCAAGCCAAAAUCUGUUUCAGAGGCUUCUGCUGCUUCAGCUAUAGAUCUCUCUGAUGGUUCCGAUAUUGAUGAAGAAGAUGCAUUGAAAUACUACAAAGAAAUGGAUGACAGGCAAAAGUUUAAGAGAAAGAUAGAAGAAAAUAGCAUUGAAGAACAGGCUCUUGAAGAUCAAAAUGUAAAGAGAGCCAUUACCUACCAGAUUGCCAAAAAUAGGGGACUUACACCUAGAAGAAAGAAAAUCGAUCGCAAUCCCAGAGUGAAACAUAGGGAGAAGUUCAGAAGAGCCAAAAUUCGAAGAAGAGGCCAGGUUCGAGAAGUUCGUAAAGAAGAGCAACGCUAUAGUGGUGAAUUAUCUGGCAUUCGUGCAGGAGUUAAAAAGAGCAUUAAGCUUAAGUAAAGUUUUUCCUGAACUUACAUAAGGUUUUUGGUAAUAAUUUUAGAUCAAUAAAUUUUUGUUUUAACUGAA